AUUUUAGUUAUACUUUCUCCGAAGAAAGUAACAAACAGCCAAUCAGGUGAUAAAGCCAAAAGAAAAUUUCUCUUCUAAUGAUGAACCUUCCAAGAGAAGGCGGGUAACUUUUUAGUUGUAUAAUUCAUCUUCAACACUCUCCUUUGCGCAAAAAUAAUCUGUGUUUCUACAUAUAAUUCCAAAAAUGGCAGGAAACAUUUACGACAAGAACAAGAAAAUUGUAUGCUAUGAUCACAGCGGUUUGGAAGAAGAUGCAGAAGAUUAUGGUGGUCUCUCAUUGAUGAAACUGAAUCUGGGUCCAAGAAAGAAACUUGUUAUUUUUGGGCUAGGAGGGUUGCUUUGCCAUAGGGUCUGUCAUAAGCAGAGGUCAAGCGUUCCAAUCUAUCGCAGUCCUGACGCUGCCAAUGGAAGCUAUAUAGUUUACAAGAGACCUUACUGUACGGACUUUAUGAAGUUUUGCCUGGAAAGAUUUGAAGUAGGAAUAUGGUCAUCUGCAAGGGAGUGGUACAUGAGUAAUGCCCUUGAUUGUGUAAUGGCUGGUUUGAGAAGCAAAUUGUUGUUUGCUUGGGAGCAAAAUGAAUGUACGAAUUCUGGGUUCAGCACCCUGGAGAAGAAAGACAAGCCCAUUUUUCUCAAGGAGUUGGACAAAAUAUGGGAAAACAAAUACUCUAAUCUACCUUCGCGUGUGGGGCAAUAUUUAUCGUCCAACUUAUUGUUGAUUGAUACUGACGCUUACAAGGCUUUGCUAAAUCCUCCCCACACAUCAGUGUUUCCAACUGAAUACAAAGCAAGCGAUGCUGAUUAUGAUGCCUUAGGUCCUAAGGGCGAGCUGAGGCUGUACUUGGAUGGCCUGGUAGAUGCAGAUGAUGUUCCUUCAUAUAUCAAAGAGCACCCAUUUGGACAGCAGCCUGCAAUAACAGCCUUGCAUCCUGAUUGGGAUUAUUAUUCCAAGUUUGUCACCCACAUCAAAAAAGCUACUCUUUUAAGUGAUGAAUGGUGA